UCUUGCAAAAAUUUGAGUCGAGGUCCCUCAGAUCAUAUCCGAGUGCCAUCGUAGUGACUUCUGCUUGUUCAUCGUGAUGUGCAAACAUAUAUUAAAUGCUCAAGUUUCGAUACGAGCUCCAUGCUGCAAGCAAUGGUUUGAUUGCGCAGAGUGUCACGCGGAGACGCAGGAUCAUAUGUUAAGGAAGACAACUGAGAUGGCGUUCAUGUGCAAGAAGUGCAAGAAGGCCUUUAGGAAGGAUAUGUCAAACUACGAGGAAAGCGAUGAGUUUUGCCCGCACUGCGAUAAUCACUAUGUCAUUGAUGCCAAGACGCCGCAGGCAGUGAUCGGAGUUGAGGGCGAAGAUACGCGAGUUGACGCACGGAUGCUCAAAGACGAUCGGGUUCAACAAGAUCCAAUGCGAUCUAUCUUUUCAAAGGAUUUUUCGGAUAGAGUGGGAUGAUGUCUCUCUUGACACCCUUGCGUUCCCUGUUUUCCACCUGUGUUGCAUGCUAUCACUGUCUCUAUUGGAUUAGGAUGACGAUCCAUUUUAUCGUCAUUUGCCCUUUCCUCGGCGUGAUUGACCGACGUCUAUGCAGCCCCUUGGAGCAAGAGCAUUCGAGUUGUACAGACUGGAUCUUGAUCUCAGUGACUGAUGCGUCUGAUACAGACAACUAAAGUAUAGAUCGAUCACUCGUUCAGCGCUGCAGCGCUCAAUACUCGGCACUCAUUCCACACUGAGUCGUAUCGGUGAGACGCGUAACUUAAAGCGCACGAACCCCAGGAAUCCUAUUUAACUGUAACGGUCGUAUCUGAUGUGGAGCGAUGUUUAACAGAUCAAAUUACAUCUCGCAUGAAACAACAUUAACAUCAAUCGGUGCAUAUCUAUAUACAGAGUAUAAGAUGGAACUGUGGUCCACCCGUGUGUGCUG